GCAAGUGAUGUCAGUUCGAAGUAUGUAGCCAUCAUCCAUUGUACUACUGCGUCACAUUCACUAGAUUCGUCAUUAAGUGUUUCAGCCAGAACUAUAGCUACAAGGUAACGACAAUGUUGCAGAGUGAAGGAGUGUCAUUCUACUGUGUGACCACCAUCAUCAUACAUAGAUUCCAAAUAGUGUUUGAGAGUGGCACACCAGACAACAAUCUAGGUAUUGUGUGAUGUGUUCGGAGCGGGUUGCUGUUCGUAAACCAUGCUGCGUAAUUAAAUUUAUAUCCCAUUCCUAUCCAUUUACUUUAUUUAUUAGCAGGAUUUUGAAAAGUAUACUUGUACUUCUAAAUGAAUUGAGUGUCGUUUCAAAGUACGUGUGAAAAUAGAACUGCUCAUACUUUUCAAUAAAGCGUGGCAUAAGCGUAACUUUGUUCUAGUAGUUUCGUGAGAGGAGUCCUUUGGCCAUUGUCAUAAUUAUAAAGGUUUGCUAGAGAAAUUCAUGCAUGGUGUCCUAAAGCCCUACAGGAUGGCAUGGAUAAUACGCAGCUUUACUUCCUUACACUUUCCAUUGCACAACUAGCUGAUUGCAUGUCUGUUUGUAAGGGUGACAGAGGCACACUGUAUGAAGUAAAUUAAAGGUUGAAGUACAGGGGAAAACACUUGCUUUUUCCUGGAGAAUGCAUUCCAAGCAGUACUUUAAGUGAUAAUACGCUCAAGCUGAUGUGAAUCACAAGUGUGACCCUGUGUAGUGAUAUGCAGCACGAUUGGCAUUCAAAUUAUGCAGUAUGUAUUUCACAACUGUUGACAUCCUUAACUACUUCACAUCUUCAAAGGCAACUGAACAAGUUGUGUGAAGACCACGCCAAACAACCCCCUGUGACACUCUCUAACCUCUCCAAAGAACAGGAAAGUUUUGAUAGUUUAGAUGGUCAAAGUCAGUCACAUCAUCAACGAAGUUGGACUUUGCUACCUCCCCUCUCAGUGGAAAAGUUACGAUUAACAAAAUCCUCCACUUUCACACCUUUUGAUUCUCCAACUACAUCUUACACAAUUGUCAAAUCUAGUGAAGAACAAAUCGGUUUAUUAUACAAUUCAGUGGAAGAAAGUAGUGAACAGAAGCAAAAUCAAUCACAGAAUGAUCCACUGGUAGACGAUGCUAGCAGUGAAACACCACACUCUCUUAUUUUGAAGCAAAAGUGUAUGAAGACUAAUGAAGCUGAUUGUCCAAGUCAGUUGGUGUAUGGUGUUGCACAUGUUACGGACACGAAGACAGUUAGCUCAAGUAACAAUGCUAUGGGUGCACCAUUGAGGACUAAUUGUGAUAGUUCAAAAACCUAUCCAUUACAUCUAAAGUGCAGAAAUAUUUCUUCAAUGUUUGACUUAGCAACAUCUUUAAACUGUGAAUCUACUCACAAGCUCCUGGUAUCCCAUCCGGUUACAAAUCAGUGCGAAAUGGAGAGAGACGAAGAUAUUUUACAAGAUCUUUUUUUCAGGGAUUUACCUAAUAGCUAACCUACACAUGCAUCCAUGUAUAUACGUACAUCAGCUGCAAUCUUAUAUUAUAGAUUUCACCAAAAUAUUAUAAAUCAUGAAAAUAAAAUGAAAAGGUUC